AUGACCCACACAAUACCUUCCAAAUCAAUUCACAUCCAUCGGCACCAGCAGCAUGUCAAAUGGUCCAAACAAAUCUCUCCAACUCAAACCAUUAAUUCGGGUGACAUAGUCCACUUCGAUGCCAUGGAUGGAAGCAAUGGUCAGAUAACCAAGACCUCCACGGAGAGCGCACUGAGCACCUUCGACAUUGCGCUUGCUGACCCCGCCGUGGGUCCUGUCUUUGUCACAGGCGCGGAGCCAGGAGAUGUCCUGGAGGUCGAGAUUCUCGACCUGAAAACCACGGAUUGGGGCUGGACUGCAAUAUUUCCUGACUUCGGCCUACUAUCGGAUGAGUUUCCCAACGGGGUGCUGAAGAUCUGGCACUUGGACCCCGAUCAGCCAUACGCGCUUUUCAAAGAAAGCAUUCAGAUCCCCAGAAGGCCUUUCUUGGGUAUUAUGGGCGUUGCUCCUGGCGCGGACGGAGAAUUUUCCAUGAUCCCGCCACUGAAUACGGGCGGAAAUAUCGACUGCCGGUAUCUCACCGUGGGCUCCAAACUGUACCUCCCCGUCCAAACGCCAGGUGCAUUAUUCAGCUGUGGCGAUGGGCACAUUGCUCAGGGCGACGGAGAGGUUUGCGGCACCGCAAUUGAAACUCCCCUAAAAGCUAGUCUGCGACUCUCAAUCCUCAAGAACCAGUCAUGGAUCACGGCGCCGCAGUUCCAAACUCCCCCACGAACGCGGGGUAUACACGACGCCGACGAGGCUCUGCAGGUGGAUAAGGGAGAGUAUGCGACUAUGGGGAUUGAUACAGACCUGCUCGAAGCCGCAAGGAAGGCAACUCGAAAUCUCAUUGAGUGGCUAGUCAGGACUAAGGGGUUAACGCCGGAAGAAGCAUAUAUGCUGGCAAGCGUGGCAGGGAACCUCAAAAUUGUCGAGAUUGUGGAUAUGCCGAACUACGCUGUCGCGAUGUCUCUUCCUUUAAAUAUCUUUGUAUAG